UCAAUAAUUUUUUUGGAUAGUAUAAUUAAUAAGUAAAAUAAAUACAUAAUUUUUUUAGCGAUUUGUGAAUUCUUUCAAAUGGAUUUACCAAACAUCAAUGCAAACAGUGUUUAAGAUAUUGGAUCUCCUUCAAAAAAGAGAGAAAUAUCUAUAGAUGAAACCGGAUAGAUUGGUUUAAAGAAUAAAUAAAUAGUUUACAAUUCGAGUAACAAUAGCAUGAAUAAGCGUAAAAGUCCUGAUUAAGUUAAAACACCUCCUCCCCAUUAAAAUCAUAGAUCAAUUAGCCUGCAACCUAAUAAUUAAUCUGUUUUAUAAUCCUCUCCAUAGUAGUAAUAACAAAAUUAAAUGGAAAAGAAAAGUAAUCCUCUAAGGAGCUCUUCGAUUUUAGAUGAUUAAUUUUUAUAGCAUGCAUCAAAUGCCUCAGCUGAAGCUGUUUAAUAAGUGGUAUCAAAUUACAGAAAUAAUCUUAUAAAUUAAUAAUCGCAAUCUCUGUAGCAGCCACUUGUAAAGUAACAUCCAAAAAAUAAUUCUAAUAACACAAGUAGUUUACAGUAAAGUCCUUAGCAUCACUAAGGUAAUACUUAUUUCCAUGACGAAGAACUCUAAGAUUUUGAAAUUCUAAGCAAAUUAGGCGAAGGUUCUUUUAGUACUGUGUAUAGAGUUAGACGUGGAAAGGAUGGAAAAGAAUAUGCUUUGAAAAGAAUAAAGAUGAUGAAAUUAAAUGAAAAAGAAAGGGAAAACGCAGUAAAUGAAGUGAGAUUUUUGGCUUCAAUUAACUGCAGGAAUAUAAUCAGCUACAAAUAAGCUAUUUAUGAUGAAGGAGUCAAUCAAUUAUGUGUUAUAAUGGAAUAUGCGGAGGGAGGCGAUUUAGCUAGAAUUAUUCGUCAUGCUUCAAAAGCAGGUAAAUAUAUUGAGGAAGAUAUGAUUUGGUCAUAUGCUAUUUAAAUGACCAUAGGCAUUAAAGCGUUACAUGAUUUAAAUAUAUUGCAUAGAGAUUUAAAGGCAGCUAAUGUUUUCUUAGAUAAGUAUUAAACAAGGGCUAUGUUGGGAGACUUGAAUGUAUCAAAAAAACUACAAGUGAACGGUUUACUUUAUACUCAAACUGGUACUCCUUACUAUGCCUCUCCAGAAGUUUGGAAAGAUAAACCUUACAAUAAUAAAAGUGAUAUUUGGAGUUUGGGCUGUGUUAUAUAUGAAAUGUGUGCUCUGAAACCACCAUUUAAGGGAAAAGAUAUGGAAGACUUAUUUAAAAAGGUAUAAAGAGGUGUCUACGAUCCUAUUCCUUCUCACUUUAGCAAAGAGCUAAACCUCUUCAUUGCUUAAUUAUUAAGGGUAAACCCUGAAUAGCGUCCUAAUUGUGAUGAAAUUCUCAAAUUUUCUGUGAUUAAAAAAAGAAUGGCUGAUAUGCAGCAUUUCUUUUCAGAUUCUCUUACUCCUUUCUAACAAAAAAUGUAAUCUGAAUUAAUAAGCACAAUUCGUAUUGGGAAGUCUUUACGUGGGUUAAAAGAUAAAUUGCCUCAGGCAAGAUACGAAACAACGGAAUCUACUUAAGCUACAACAAAUUAAAUAACUUCUUAGUCAGAAAUUUUACAACCUAAUUAAUACCACCGUCAAAGAAAAAAUAAAUACAUUUCUCAUAUAUCGUCAAGUAAUAUAAGUGAUAUGAUGAAUUAACAAAUAAGCAUACCAUCUUAACUAUUAAAUCCGUCUGUAGAAAUAUAAAGUAAAGGCUUGAAUGAUAAUCACAAAGGAAGUUCAAGUUUGAACUAGAAUUCCAUUUCUUUAAGAUAAUCUUAAUAACAAUAAGUUAUCCCUUCUAUAUAAUCAUCACCUCCAUCAUAAAAAUCUGAACAUAUUAAAUAAAUUAUUGCAUAAAAAUAAUAAAAUAAAUCUUCAUUAUAUUAAAAAUAAUAUUAAUACCCACGGUUGCCACUUUAGCAUUAAUAAUUUGAUAGUGCCUCUCCAAUAUAAGCUAAAAGCAGAUGUAGUUCUGUAGAAAGUAAGCAAUCAAUACAUAAAAAUUAGCUAAGUCUUCAUAAGUAAUACUACCAAAAUAAUGAUAUAAAUAAAUCUAUUAAUUUGAAUAAUUCAUAAAACUCUAUUGUCACAAAUAAAAAACCGAUACGAAACAAAGAAAGUAAUACACCAUAAAUGUACUAAUUAUAAAAAGCAGAAGAACCAAUAUCAGUCAAUUAAAGUGUCCAGUAGCUUUCAAAAGAAAUAAAAUAAUUAAAUUCUAAUUUAUAUAAUGAUGAGAUGAAUAGUCGCUAGAAAAAAAUGUAUCAACUUUAAGCUUUAUAAAAAAUCUUAGAUUAAAAAUGUUAACUACCUCAAAUACUGAAGACAUCCAUAUACUGA